AUGACUAUAAAUAAUGGGUUUGAAUUAGAGGCUAGUUUAGGCAACUUGUCAAUAAGACCGAAGUUUAAGCUUAAGAAAGAUGAUCUUUUAUUGAGAAGAGGUGAUGGAUUGUCAGCAUCUCCAACUACAUCUCAAUUGCCUGUACCUCUGUUAUCGUCUCCAGCUCUUUUCUCCUUCUCUGAAGGUGGUUCUGGUGUUUUACCAUCAACUUCGCACUUUUUUGUCCCAGUUUCAGACCUUUCUUUUUCUGCUUUGCCUGCUCCUGGUUCCCACGAAAUUUUUUUUCAAGCUCCUCCAACAAUGAUUGGUUCCCAAAAACAGGUGAUUAAUUCCACUGGCUGCCCUACUCCCACUGCUCUCAUUUUGUCUGGCCUCAAGGCAGACUUUAAAAAAUUGCACAAUGUUUUGUCCUGUUCACGUUGCCAGACUACAGGCAAAAUUGUUUCCAAUGGGUCUACUUCUCGUACUGGUAGCCCACAGUUUAAAUGCAAAUGUGAUGCAACAUUUACUGCUUCAUCCAUGCAAUCUUUGAUCAAUGCAGUCCAACACAAAAUUCCUGAAGUUCGUUCUGCAAGUGAGCCUGUUGUGUCCCCUUCUGUUUCCAUCUUGGGUCAUAGUAUUUCCAUGGCAGAUAUCUAUGAAAUUGAAUCUGACGUUGCACCUGUUUUUCCAACUGUAAUGCCCACUCUUCAGGAUAUUUGGGACCGUUUCCAGGUUUAUGAUGAACGUCUUUCUGCAUUGGAGGCUGUUCAAAAAGAGAAUAUUGAGUUGCAUAAGGCUCUUGCUACUGCAAACGCCACUAUUGCACGUUUGACAAAGGAGAAUGUUGAUUUUUCUGUUGGUGCUGCAGCAUCCAAAUAUGCUACUAUUGCUGCCUCUGUUCCAGUUGUUUCUCAGGCUGAUUUUCCAUCACUUCCUGCAUCCCCGACCCAUCAUUCCACUGAACCCACCAAGACUUUCGUUUCUAAAACACCACGUAAAAGGGCUCCAACUGCUAGGGCCAUUGCUGCUGUUGUUCGUGGCAUGACAAUUAAAGAAAAUGCUGAUCAGGGGUUUCAAAUUGUUUAUGUACCUAAUGCUAUCCGUCUCCCCAUUAGUACUCAAUGUCAACGUCUUAGGAAAUUAAAGAUAGACAAUGCAUGUGUGCUGGAUCUCCACUAUCCUGAUCGUAAGGUGAUGGGAAUGCUUGUACAUAAUGAGUAUGCUCCUGAGCUCAAGACUAUCUUGGCGAGUUAUGGUGUUACUACUUUGGAUAACUUUGAUCCUCUGGACCCUGUUCACCUCCAUGACCCAGCUCUGGCCUCUCUUUCACUUGAUGAUAGGGCAACAAAAGCUAUACAUGUUCACAAUGAUCGUAUGCUACGUGCCAUUGAAUUCAUUAGGGCUCCUGUCAAGUUUGCUGUUGCACGUUCCUUUUGCUCUCAGGGAUGGAUUAGUGAUGACCAACUAGCUGAGAUGGUUCCCCCACGACCCACCAAAAAAGACUUGGACAUCUCUAUACAUACUGCCAGCAUCACCAUCCCUUCAUUCUCUGAUCUAUGA